AUGGAGAGCCAUCAGAAUGAAGCUCUGGAAAAUGCCAAACGCAUUUUGGGAGAAGACUGUUGGGCGCAGACAGGGGAUGCCUCUGCCUCCGCUGCUUCAGACUGGCUUACAGUGCAGCGAGGCAGAGACCUAUUCUUGCCCGGUUGGGGAGGCUUCGAUGUACCUGAAGCCUUUCAUGCCUGUCAAACCGCUGGCGUGAAGGGCAUCCCGAGCGUCGCUGAACUGAGGAGUCACGGAUAUUUGGCGAAGUUCUUUCCCGCUCUGCCGGACAAGCUCGGAAGCAAUCGCAUUCAACGUUUGCUUCUGGCUCCCGAGAGCUUGCUGGCCCGAUAUGUCGUUCAGCACAGGUCCUUCUGGGCUUGUGGCGAGCACCUUAACAGACUAGAUGAAGUCGAAAGGCACUUCGAUGAGAUUUGCACAGGCAGCAGCGCAAAAGUGUUGAAGGAGGAGCCACGCAAGCUUCUGAAUCGCCUGGCUCGUGACCAAGCUGUUGCAGAUCAUCCGCUGGUGCAUUUCACACAUCUGGCUUCGCAGAUUUCAGCUGGCUUCGACGAGUCUCUUGGGCUCUGUCAAAGCGAGAUGCCGUGCUUCGAGCUGUCUGUGCUUCUGGACUCACAUGCUGUCGUACGAGCAGCACAGGAAUUGAACAACUGCGCAGCGGACUACGUCAGGGACAUCCGGCAGAAGCGAUGUGCCCUUGUCGUUCUUCGAUCUAAGAAGUUGCUGGCAAUGGGCGAGUGGGAUUUGCAUGGCCGCCGUUGGUCCCAGAUCUCAGAACACAGCGAUGAGCCAGUUCGCGAGGAAUGGCUAACUAUGUUUGAGCAGAUGGAGGGUGACUGGCUCUUCCCCUCGAUCGCAUCAUUGUGCUUGCCUGACCUGUCGGGCACAAGCCCAUUCUUGCAAGACAUGUCGGAAGAUGUCGUUUCAAUUUUCAGCCCUGAGGGGCUAGAGUGCUUGGAGCGCAUUUGCAGCACCGCGGGCGAUCAGCUGCGACCCUGCCUCGGGUGGCCAUCUCUUCUGCCCGGCUGUUGCAAUCUGGAGGCUGCCACAGCACUGCUUAUUUGGACGGUCGCAGAUGUUCUUUGUGUGGAGACAUCGAAUUCAGAUGCAUUGGAAGUUGUCGACAUGCUGCUGAUGCGCCGUGCUGACCCUCAGGCCAUGACGGAUCAAGGAUGGGCUCCCUUGAUGUUCGCGGUGCUUUCUGAGCAUGAAGAGCUCGCUGCCAAGCUGCUGGAGGGAGCUGCAGAUGUCGACGCCAGGAGUGGACAAACGGGGAGAACCGCCUUGAUGCUUGCCUGUGGCACGUGCCAAGCAAGCAUGGUGAGAUUGCUACUCACGGGUAAAGCAGCGGUGGACUCUGCUUCCCGGAUUGAUGGGCGAACUGCUUUGCUGAUGGCAGCCGAGAUCAGCGCAUGGAGCAUUGUUGACCUGCUGCUGGAGGCAGCAGCAGAAACAAAUGCUCGUCGUUUCGAUGGCAAAACUGUGACCAUGCUCGCGGUAGAAGCCAAUCAAGAGGAACUGCUUCGCCAGCUGGCGCGACAGAGAGCUGACUUGAACGCAAAGGAUGAUGCAGGCUGUACAGCCCUUGCAGCUGCCAUGACACGCCGAACAGGACUUGUGGAACUGGUGCAGUGUCUGGCAGACGGUAGGUGUGACCUGGAUAUGCCUUAUACGACUCGCAAAAAGCAUAUGUCGGCACUGGCAUGUGCGGCCGAAACGGGAAACAUGGAGGUUGUGGAGCUGCUAGUGAUGUGCCGCGCAGCAGUUGGUGGAAGCUUGGACGCGACCAGCACAACUUCGAUGGCUUCGCCAAGUCCAUUGACAGCUGCAGCAAUCGCUGAGCGAUGGCCGGUGGUGCGGCGGCUGGUCGAACUGCGAGCUGCCCUUAGUGACACAGAUGGUGGGAACCGUGCCAUCUUCCAAGCAGUGAAGGCAGGUGAGCGAGACUUGGUAGCAUUCCUGUGCUUGCAGAAGGCCUCACCCAAUGCCCUGGGACCCCUGGAAAAUCCCAGUGGAAACGGCGGCAGUUGCGCCGUGGCGGCAGCAGCAGCCGCGGGGCAGACAGCAAUGCUCCAAACCUUGGCCACGGCGCGCGCCGAUCUGGACCUGAGUCCAGAGAAUGGCUUGGCACCUCUGCUUGCCGCGGCGCUGAACAAGAGGUGGGCCGCGCUCCAGCAGUUGCUUGAGCUGCGUGCACAAACGGAUGCUGCUGAUCCACAAGGUCGCACGGCGUUGAUUCUUGCCGCGAGUCAAGGCCAGUCUCGGGCCGUGUCCAGUUUGAUCGAUUGCAGAGCCUCGUUGGAGCUCCGCAGCGUUGAUGGGCAAACGGCUUUGUUGGCAGCUGCUCGCCAUCAGCACUGGAUGGCCUUGAGGCGAUUGGCUGAAGCCCUGGCAGACCCGAACGUGGUUGAGAACAAAACCGCCAAGCCGGUGAUUCUGCGCGUUGCGGAGACGUCGCAGUGGGACACCUUGAUCCACUUGGCGAGGCAUCGUGCAGAUUUAGAGGUUCGGGGACAAGGUGGUCGCAGAGUGUUGAUGUUUGCCGCAGAGUGUGGCCUUGACGAUGUUGCGUGGUGGUUGCUGCAGAGCCGUGCCAAUCCCGAUGCGCAAGAUGACAAGGGAGAGACGGCUUUGCUGAAAGCCUGCAACCGCCAGUUCGCGCCAACAUUGAGCGGCCCAUCUCAGCUGGUUGACGGUGCUCUUUUUCAGCGCUGCCAGCUGCCAGAGUGCAGUGCGAUGCUCAGGGUGGCGAUCAAGAAAUCUCGCAUCCCUGCGCCACUUGCUUCACUCUUCAGUCUGUUGUCGUUUCUCUGCUUGGCGUUUCAACUUCGGGAUCGGAACAUGUCAAGAUCGGCCCAGGAUGUCGAGACUUCUGCGGCAGUGGAGUGGCCACGAGGAGGAGGAUUGACUGAGCUGAGCUCCUUCUACCUACAGAUGAUGUCCUUGCAGCAUCUGGCAGCCAGGCGACAAACAUGGCCACGCUCAUGCCGCGCUGCGACCUGUGGCAUCGAUUGGUUUGGUCUGAGCUUCGCACCGCAGUUGCUCGCGGCGCCAGAUGAACUCCGAGAUAUGGUGCUCUUCGUCCCCGGGCUACCUGCGCAACCACUUCGAAAACAGCAAUUUGGCCGGGCCAACUCUGGGCUGAGACAGCAGGGCAAGUUUGACCCCGGUGAAAACGGAGUACACUGCCGAGUCGCGCUGCAGCAUGAGUGGCAGCUUCCCUUCCUGGCUCCUGACCUCCUCUUGUUGCAGAUGACUUCUGCAAAGCAGCAUGCCCUGGUCAUCCUGCGAGGCUGGUCUGGUCCCAUGGGUCCCAUGACGGCAAGCGGCGUGAUAGCGAGGGCUCCCGUGCAACUGGUGUCACACCACCCGCAGGUUCCUCGCCUGUGCUUGCCCAACCAGUCUGGCCAGCCUGUAUGGGUGCAGCGUGCAGCAGUUGAACCGGGAUUCUCAGGUGUGCCGAGUCCCGUGAAGACCUUGAGCACGGACAUGCUGAGCCGCUCAGUGCAAGUGGUGCCUUUGCAGGGCUCCUCGGUCGACCUUUCUGCCUCGAGAUCAGGGUACCCUGCGCAUGCUGUGGACACGCUGAGCCGAACAGUGUCAGCCUGCAGGCAUGUGCCUGAGCAUGGAAGCUUUCGGGCCGCGUCGCCGACUCGACUCGCGCUUGGCUGCUUGGCCAGUCCCAAGGCAAAGCCGGCGAUCUACCGGGCAGUGCCCGUGGAUCAGCGGCUCCAUUCGGAAGCACGCGUGUUUACGGGAGCCGUGCAUCGACGAAUGGUGUCGCCUGGCCGUGCUGGCCCUGUCUUCGCUGCGGGCACGCUGCCAGCCAGCAAGGUCCGUUGA